AGCAAAUAAAAGUAACCCCGAAUCGACCGUCACAAGUCCAAUACAAUACGCCUAAGAAACUUGCCGACCUACAUUGGGCUCGUUGUGUGGCUUCAUGCGAUCUUCUUUUCACCUUUGGGAGGCAGGCUCAUUUUAUAGAAUGGUUGGCUACUGCAGUCGCAGUACCAACCACUGCACACUUCAGUUACAACCCUGGUGCUCCGGAAACUCUGAGAAAGUAUCUAACAAUAUUAGUGAAAUCUAUUAGAGAUGUAAUAUUGAACAAAUGGAGAGACGCUCUACGAUAUUACAAACUCCCUUUUGCUAGUCUAGAGAAUGAUUUAUGGAAAGGUGCUACCGGCACUAAUUACCUCGGUAGCAUCUUACAUUUGUAUGAACCUGCCCCUGUUGGAUCACGACCUAUCAGAAUAUCGGCAUUCUUAGGAUUGAAAGAGGUGGUAGGUUCUCAUUCGGCCAUAAACCUUGCAGAAUGGCAGGUGCAAGUUUUUAGAGAAUGGGGGAUUCUAAGAACAAUGUCUUUUAGAAUUGGUGUCUUAGGUGAGAAUGAUUCUGUAUGGCUGCAUCCUAAACAGGUGAUUGAUAGUGCGACGCCUGAUAAUGCUUCGAAUGUUCAAGCAGCAAUGAAUCUCACAGAACAUGUCACUAUGGGUUGUCGUGCUCAUAGGAUGGCCCUCGUAAUGAAGAAGGUAUAUGGGGGAGCCUUGAUUACUGCGACGGAUAAGAAUCGCCAUCUUCGGGAAGUGGAUUUCAUAUUGACGUGACUGUGUAUAUUGUGGCAGUGGGACAUAAUGAGUUAAUGUCGUGUGUGUCACAGUGUCUGUAGCUCUGUAUUCCCAACUUUUCACUGUUCUGUGUCUAAAUACUUGUGAAAUGUGAUCAGGGCGAUUCAGGCCUGAUUGCGACGAGUCACCAAGGGUCUGUCUGUCACAGUGUCACUCGUACGACAUAUUAAGAAUGAAAUAUGGAUAUAUAUUGAUAACUUAAUCUUAAUAAUAUAUAUAUUUCUUAAUAUUUC